GGGGGACAAAGCAUAUAAUUUCCCCGCAAAACGUUAUCGCAUUCUUCUUCCUUCAGGAUUCCAUGCCUAUUUCUGAUUUUAUUUACUUGAUACCUUACCUUUGCGAAUCACCAUGUUCUGGCACACCAUGCAACUCACAACAAUGCGCCAGGUUCUAUUGCCCGUGUUGGUCGCGCUGUUUACCUGGAUCAUCUACAAAGUCUUGACGAUCGGCCGACGGGACCGCAAUCUCCCAUCUGGACCUCCAACGCUCCCCAUCAUUGGAAAUGCCCAUCUGAUCCCAAGAAAGGGUGCGCAUUUUGUAUUCCGAGAAAUGAGGAAGAAAUAUGGCGAUAUGUUCUCCCUGAAAAUCGGACCUGGGACGGUCAUCAUCCUCAGUGACCGGAGAAUCAUCAAGCAGGUCCUCGAUAAGGGCAGCGCAACCUCCAGCAACCGACCCCAAACCACAGUCGCCCAGAUGAUCACCGGUGGCCACCAUUUGUUGACCAUGGACGGAAGUCCCGAGUGGAGGAGUUUCAGAAAGCUGGUACAUCAGGAGGUGAUGGAAAGGCGAUGCAACGAGGUCCAUAUAGCGGUUCAGAAUGCGGAAGCGAUCCAGUUGCUGCAUGACCUGGUUGUCUUUCCGGAUCAGCAUAUGAGCCACCCGAAGAGAUACAGUAAUAGUGUCAUCAUGAGUAUCUUGUUUGGCGUACGAACCCCGUCCACCGAGUCAAAACAUAUGCAACGUCUUUACGAUCUGAUGGAUCACUGGUCUGAGGUCAUGGAGAUCGGCGCCACCCCUCCGGUGGAUGAUUUCCCCUGGCUGAAGUAUUUCCCUGAACGACUGUUAGGGAACUGGUUCUCGCGCACUCGCCAAGUACACGUGGAGAUGAACUCCCUGUACGGUGACCUCGUCCGGCAUGUUCAGCGCCGACGGGAGCAAAAGGGGACUCGAGACAGCUUCGUGGACCGAGUCUUGGACCAGAACAGCAGGUUAGGGCUGACAGACCAUCAACUGUACUUCCUGGCCGGCGUGGCUCUUGAAGGCGGCUCGGACACUUCAUCGGCCGUCAUCACCUCCUGCAUGCAAGCGUUGUCUCAAUUCCCCGAGAUCCAGAAGAAGGCACAGGUGGAAAUCGAUGCCGUGGUGGACGAAAGCCGGUCGCCGGUGUGGUCGGAUUUUGCUCAACUGCCGUAUGUGACUCAAGUCGUGAAGGAGUCCCAGCGCUGGCGUCCCAUCGGCGGCCUGGGCUUCCCCCAUGCCCUCACCACAGGCCAGUGGAUCGACGGCAAGCUUCUACCCAAGGGAGCCAGCGUGUUCAUCAACCUGUGGGACAUGCAUCACGAUGAAAGAAGAUGGGAGGAUCACGACGUGUUUGAUCCGGACCGCUAUGCGGGCUAUACCAUGCUGGCGUCUGAAUAUGCGAACUCGUCCGAUUACGAGAAACGAGAUCAUUAUGCGUUUGGGAAUGGCCGUCGACUCUGUCCCGGAAUACAUCUCGGGGAGCGAAACAUCUUCCUCGGAAUCGCAAAGCUAUUGUGGGCAUUCCGGUUUGAAAAAGCAACGGACAGUUCAGGAAAGCCAAUUGACGUCGAUACGGACUACGAGACGGGGUACAGCCAGGGAUUCCUCAUCAAUGCGCGUCCGUUUCCGUGCAAAAUGACCCCUCGCUCCAAGGCCCGUGAAAGCACCAUUAUGCGUGAGUUUGCGCAGGUGUCGCAGGAUGUCUUCUCGAAGUACGAGACUGGAAUAUCAUGGUGGACAUCGUAGCGUUGUUAUAUUGUCUGUUUUGGU